AAUUUAUGACCCUUUCUGUGUCCAGUUUGGUUUAAAACCCAUGAUUUCGUAUCCACUGUUUCACCCCCUCCCCGAAUCAGAAUUGAGCAUUUUAACUGGCUGUUGCUCAUUUCCCAGUUCACACCUUUUUUACACUUUUGUUGGGCAAAUGGGGGGAGGCACCCUGCAGUUUAAGAGGGGGUCACCAAAGUUAGAACUGCCUCUUGUGUUUUCUUUCCCACCUUCUUGCUCAUUCAGCCUGUUGCACUUCUGAGACACUGCCAACACAGGUUAGUUUGUAAGCAUACUUUGAGGACUGCUCAGAGAGAAAAGGCUUUGCUGAUGUUCAUGGUAAUCCUGGAAACACUUUAUAUUGGGAUUUUCAGGCCUAGUGACUGGUGAGGAACACUCAUGCCCUUCAAGAGUGCAUUUGUUGGUGUUCUACACUGACAUAAAAGUUACUUCUGCUAUCAGAGACAAGGACUUUUUUCCCAUCUAUUUGCUGUUUUUAUAAACUUCAACCAGUUUAACCUGUCAGGCAAUGGCUUAUUUACUAGUUGUACUAGUGCUGAUGCUAGUUUCAGGAUCUGAGUCCUUCCAUCUAGAGCACCUCGGUCGUUUUGACUGGCAGAAGAGCAUUCAACCAGGUGAGGGAUGCCCUAAAAAGUGCCACCCUGAGCGGUGCCCAGAUGUUUGGCAGCUGCAGGGUUGUCCAGCCCGGCUGGUUCAUGACCAGUGCGGGUGUUGCUGGGAAUGUGGAAACAAUGAGGGGCAGCUGUGUGACCCGGAACCUCGAUCUGGGUCUACUUUCUAUGGGCGCUGUGCAGAAGGGCUGCACUGCAGAGCUCCACGCAGAAACCCCACAGGUGAACCCAGAGCCAUCUGUGUGUGCAGCAAGCAGGAAGCACUCUGUGGUUCUGAUGGAAAGACAUAUAAAAAUAUAUGUCAGUUUCGGGCGGGCCAACACAAGCAAGGCAAAGGGCAGAUGCUGACAAUGGUGCACCACGGACCCUGCAAGACAAAACCAGUUAUCACUUAUGCUCCCCAUGACAUCAUCAUAACCAAAGGAAGUGAUGUCAUUUUUUCCUAUGAGGUGUCAUCGUAUCCAAUGGCCUCAAUCCAGUGGAGUAAAGAAGAGGAUGUUAUUUCUUUUCCUGCUGAUGAUUCAAGCAUGGCUGUACAGGCCCGUGGAGGUCCGCGGCGGUUUGAAUUGACUAGCUGGCUUCAGAUUCAAGGAGUUGGGCUGAAUGAUGCAGGUGUGUACACAUGCACCGCCAGGAACGCCUUCGGAGAGGUGUCUGCCUCCGCCAGAUUACAGGUUACAUAUGGAGGUUCUCAGCUGAGCAAAGAAUUCCGGAAAAAAGAAAACCAAGCUUAUAGAAUAUCAGGCGAAGAAGGGAAUGUCGAUGAUGAAGAUUACGAAGGCCAGCCAAGUGGAUACAUGUAUUUGUAACAUACACAAAUGAUAAAAUCAUAGCAUUUAAACACAGAUGUGUUUUUUUAUAAUUAUUUUUUAAAAUUUAAGCUCAGCAUAAAAUGUGUACGUUUGAAUAUUAUUUUGCCCUUUUUAAGGGUUUAUGUUUAUGUGUGAGCAUUGUAUAUAAAUCCAAAUAAUUUCUAUCCACUCUUGAGAAUUGUACUUAAAAACAGAACUUAAUUAAAUAGUUGAUUUAUGCAUUGAGUGCUUUAUUGCUCAUGAUCCAAGUGGGACAAUCUCAAAUAUUUGCAAAGAGUCUGUUUAGGGUUAAUCGUUAUUGCCAAAAGUUAUGCAAAAGUGCACAUGCCAGACUUUUCUAAAAGCCCAUAAAAAAAGAGAAAUUAAAAUAAAAAAAUGCUGUGGCACGUAUUUACCCUUAACCCAUUCCCUGCUGUGAAUAAAACAUCAGCAGUGUCUCUCCUUACUUCUGUCUUCUCAAAGACGCUGAGCAGAAAAAAAAGCACCCAGGUUAAGUUGUUUGAAAGCUUUGGUAUUAAGAGGCGUUUUACACUUAAGAAGUUGGUUUCGCUGGGUUUUCUCUUCCCUCCCCUAUUGAUUGAUGCUUAGCUAUCAAUGCAUAAUAGAAAAGCACUCAGGACAAAUGUGGGGUUAUGGCCUUCCAGGGAGAGAGCAGACCAGGCUGUUUCUCAGCACCAUUAUUGCCCCAUAAAGGAUCCCUGGGGAGGGACAAGUUCCUCACAUCAGCACACACCAAAUACCCAAUUAAAAAGAAGACCUUUAAAUUCUCUCUUCUUUCCUGGGCAGAAAUCAAUCAGAAUUCAAUCUGUUCGGCUUGGAUUCCGACAGGCCAGGUAAUUGCUCACCAGAGCUCGGAUAGGUGACAACAGCUUCGAGGAGAGACAGCGAGCCAAUCAGGUGUUCUCUUUCAGGCCAUCGGUGAGAAAGCAGUGAUACCUCACGAAAGCUUAUCUAUACGCUUUCAGCAUGGCUUUUAUUUUUAGCCUCUUGGUGGCAGGUUAGGGUUUUCUUUUAUAGGCAGCAGGUAAACGAUACGACUUUGAGCGUUAAAAUAAAUGGAUCAUUUAAAGUAAGUGGCUCUCAUAUUCGUCUUCUUAAAAGCCCUUUGAAAAUGAAUUCCAAUUUGGAAUGAUUUUUACUCCAAAAGGCAUUUGUUGGUGAGCAUGCAACACGAUUGGGCAAGCGAGAAUCAGAGAGACAGACCAGGAGAGAGAGAGGGAGAGAUGGAUGAAGAUAUGAUAUGGAGUUAGAAGAAUGCAAUUAAAAGCUGAAUCAUUCUCAGUCCACUGUAACUCUAUCCGUUGAGAUGAGAGCCGAGCCUCUUUCUCAUGACUGUAUUUGUGUGGAUAAAGCUCUCCCCUGGCCCUCGUUUUAGAUUCGCGCUUAAUGAUUCCCUCUCCGAUGGGAGAGAGUGGGCUGCUGUCAGGAUGGGAGACGCAAUCCGGACGCAGCAGUGCCCGGGUCCCUCUGGCCAGCAACACCAUGUGCAGGGGUCAGCCGAGGUCAGAGGUCAUGGGCAGAGAGCUAGGAUUAAUGGACAUCUCAAUAAAAUGCAGGGUUGGGUUACUAGUUGCCCAGCCUGACCUGACACACACACACACACACACACACACACACACACACACACACACACACACACACACACACACACACACCAUCUCUCAUUAUUUCAUUAGAGUGUAAACACAAGGCUCAUCUCAACUGAGUGCAAGAGGAUGUGGUCACAAUCUUCAUUAGCCUGCACUAAAAUACUAUGAAAUAAGCAUAUUUAAAUUCUUAAGAUGGUAUUAUUUGGCCAUUGUGUAUUAUAAUUUUUUUUUUUUUAAGAAAUCUGGAAAACAAUCUGAAUUUACUUAAUAUAAGAACAUAAACUGAAAAAUAUAGAAAGUUGGAAUAAAAGGGGAAAAAAGAAACAUGCAGUAAAGACGUUAGACUUAAUGAAGCAGUCAUGACAUUGAAUGAAGCAUUUUAAUAUUGCGCUGGUCAAUGAAAAAAACCAUGCAUAUCCACAGGAGAGAUGAACGGAGACCAUAUCGACUGCAAAGAAUCGAGGAAAGAAUCGCUUGCUGACAGAUAAUUAUUCAGCGGAUUUUUAUAUUUCAUACAGUGCAAAGAAAUUUAUAUCUGGAGGAUCAACCGUAAAUAAAUAAAUUCGUAAAUUAAAAAUAGGUUUGAGUUAUUCAGUUAAUUUAAUGAAUUACAUUUCAUUAAUUCAUUAUUAUAUUUAUUUAUUUAGAAAGAUGAUAAUU